CCCCAGUCCCCCGGCGCCCCCUCGGCCCCUCGCCUUCCUCUUCCCGGCGCGGCCCCCGGGCUUUCGCGCCCCGCCCGCCACCAACCCGCUCGCCACCAUGUCCGUGGAGCUCGAGGAGGCCCUGCCGCUGACGACCGCCGAGGGGGCGGCCAAGAAGGCGGCCAAGGCCGGCGGCUCGGCGGCACUGUCCCCGUCCAAGAAGAAAAAGAACAACAAGAAGAAGAACCAGCCGGGCAAGUACAGCCAGCUGGUGGUGGAGACCAUCCGCAGGCUGGGGGAGCGCAACGGCUCGUCGCUGGCCAAGAUCUACACGGAGGCCAAGAAGGUGGCGUGGUUCGACCAGCAGAACGGGCGCACCUACCUCAAGUACUCCAUCAAGGCGCUGGUGCAGAACGACACGCUCCUGCAGGUGAAGGGCACCGGCGCCAACGGCUCGUUCAAGCUCAACCGCAAGAAGCUGGAGGGCGGCAGCGAGCGGCGCGGAGCCACGGCGGCCGCCACCGCCCCGGCGCCCGCCGCGCACAAGGCCAAGAAGGCGGCCCCGGGCCCACCCGGCCCCCGGCGCGCGGACAAGAAGCCGCCCAAGGGCCCGAAGGCCGAGAAGCGCUCGCACAAGAAGGGCGCCGCCUCCAAGAAGGACAAAGGCAGCAAGGCUAAGAAGGCGGCGGCCGCCGCGGGCAAGAAGGUGAAGAAGGCGGCCAAGCCCAGCGUCCCCAAGGUGCCCAAGGGCCGCAAGUGAGCGCGCCGACGCUCGGUUUUCUACCCAAGUGUAUGUAGGUUUUGUACGGAUGCCGCCGCCCCUCCUCUGAGCCGCCGGAGGGCCCCGGGCCCGCGCUCCAUCCCCUCCCCGCCCCUCCCCCGCCGCCCUAGCGGUGGUUUUUUUUUUUUUUUUCCUUGUUGUUUUUCCUUUAGAUUUUUGAAACGGCCUGGCGACGCCACUAUUGGCUCUCGCCCUUGGCAACGGCCGUCGUCAUGGUUACCGGCCCCUCGGCGCCAAUGGCCGCGACCGCGCCUGCCCGGCCCGGUCCGGGUACUCUGGGGGACCUUUCCCACUCCCCACCCUCCGCCUUUGGGUGCGCGACACACAAUCGCUCGGGGCGCGGCCCGCGCGGCCUUCCCUUCAUCCCGCCGGCCUUUUUGGGGCACAAUAAAUUGUUUAAACCUUUGAA